AAAUAUACCACUACAGCAUUCGUGUCUGAACACUGGACCUUACGGGAGGAGAAUUUGGAAGAGGUUGACUUUGUCAUCUAGUCCUCAUAAGCAAAAGUUCCACCGUGCUAUUUGAAUUCCACAUAUCUUGCCCCACCAUUCUACCUUUUCUUCUCUUCACGCACCCAAACCCUGCAAUGUAUAAAUGAUCCACACAAGCCCUUGUGGUGAAGCGAAGAAAACCUUCUUUCAUUCUGGGAAGCAUCAAAAGCCCCCGCGAGCAGCGAAGAGUUCCAGAGCUCAGGUUGAUCGGCGAAGAGAUGACGAGCACCGUCCCGCUAGGGUUCCGGUUCUAUCCGACGGAAGAAGAGUUGAUCGGUUUCUAUCUUCAAAACAAGCUCAACAACAGAAGAGAAGACAUGGAACGGGUCAUCCCCGUGGCCGAUGUAUACUGCUGCGAUCCAUGGCAGCUUCCACCAAUAUCGGGAGAGGCGUGCGGGCGAGACGGAGAGCAAUGGUUCUUCUUCUGUCCGAGGCAGGAGCGAGAGGCCAAUGGGGGGCGGCCGACUCGCACCACGCCGUCGGGCUACUGGAAGGGCACCGGUUCGCCCAGCCUCGUGUACUCGUCCGAGAACCGGGCCAUAGGCGUGAAGAGGACCAUGGUGUUCUACCAAGGAAGUCCUCUCGCUUGCACAAAGACGAAGUGGAAGAUGAACGAGUAUAGAGCGCUCGAGGAAGGGGCCACCGGCGUCAUCUCAAGUGCAGCUGCAAAGCUCCGUGGGGGAGUUAGCUUGUGUCGCGUGUACACCAGAUCAGAGUCCGUCAGAUCGUUCGAUCGACGCCCUGCUGCUGCUGCUGUGACUGAUGAACGAAGAACGGCUGAGGUGCCGCGCUCGAGUCCCGUUCCGGCUUCAGCAACGAGGUCUUCAUCUCAUCACAGCUCUUCAUCUGAUGGGAAUGGCUCUGGGCGUCCGGUGCCUCGACGAGAAGAUGGCCUGACAUCGAUGGGCGUCGAGGAGUGGUUCUCGUGGCAGCACUUGCUCCGAAGAUGACAGUUGUUGGGAAUUAUCUAUCGUAUUGUCGUAAUCACGACUAUAGUUUGUUAACAUUAUGUAGAAUAGGGGCGAAUAAAGGAUGGAGUCUAUAUUAAUACUCGAGUUCGUUGGUUGUAACAUAUGAUUUGAUCCAAUAAUUGAAUCAUAUCACCGAUCAUAUUUGUAGAAUAUAAUACCUUUUAUGUGCAGUGUAGCUUAGGAUUAUGUUUAUUUGUUUCUUUAUUUAUUAUAGAGAUAAAGAGUUAUUUGAAA